UGUAGUUUCUUGUGGUGUCAUGUGAGUUACCAAAACUUUGUUGGUCACAUUAUUAUUCAAUUCAAUUCUGAGUGAGUGUUAUUCCUUAAUGAGAAGAAUGGGUUCGGAAACCAUCCAAUAUCCCACUGCCAGAAGAGACAACUCCGUCGUUGACAACUAUCAUGGCAUUAACAUUCCCGACCCUUAUCGAUGGCUUGAAAAUCCUGAUGCUGAAGAAGUGAAGGAGUUCGUUCACAAACAGGUUUGUCUCACUGAUUCUGUGUUGAAGAGAUGCGAGUUUAGAAGCAAACUUGGUGACAAAAUCACGAAGGUGUUUGACCAUCCUCGUUAUAGUGCUCCUUUUAAGAGAUGUCAUCGUUACUUUUACUUCCACAAUACUGGCCUUCAACCUCAGAAUGUUCUUUAUGUUCACCACAAUAGUUUUGAGGGUGAAGCAGAGGUUUUACUUGAUCCCAAUGUCCUCAAAGAAGAUGGCACUAUUUCACUUAACAUAUUCUCUGUCAGCAAAGAUGCUAACUUCUUGGCUUAUGGACUCAGUUCCAGCGGUAGUGAUUGGGUCACCAUUAAGGUCAUGAGUGUUCAGGACAAGCUUCUUCACCCUCAUACUUUGUCAUGGGUCAAGUUUUCCUCUAUUACUUGGACUCAUGAUACCAAAGGUUUCUUCUACAGUCGUUAUCCGCCUCCAACUACCAAGAGGGAUGCUGGGACUGAGACUGAUUCUAACCUUUACCAUGAGCUCUAUUAUCAUUUUCUUGGUACCGAUCAAUCACAAGAUAUUCUUUGCUGGAGAGAUCCUCACAGUCCUAAAUAUAGGUUUGAAGCAACUGUCACUGAUGAUGGAAACUAUGUUCUUCUCAAUAUUCAAGAGGGCUGUGAUUCUGUUAAUAAAAUUUACUACUUUGACUUGUCCCAACUUUCUAAUGGACUGCAAGGUUUCAGGAAUGAAAAUUCCUCCUUCCUCCCCUUUGUCAAGCUUAUUGAUAACUUUGAUGCAAAAUAUCAAGCCAUUGCAAAUGAUGACACCGUUUUUACAUUUUUAACUAAUAAAGAUGCUCCAAAAUAUAAACUAGUCCGUGUAGAUUUGAAAGAACCAAAUACUUGGACUGAUGUUAUCCAAGAGUCGGAAAAAGAUGUACUCGAGUCAGCAUAUGUUGUAAAUGGUAACCAACUCAUAGUGUGUUACUUGAGUGAUGUGAAAUGUGUUCUUCAAGUAAGAGACUUAGAAACUGGUUCUCUGCAACAUCAAUUACCAAUUGACAUAGGCACAGUAUAUCAAAUUUCUGCACAGCGUGAAGAUAAUGUGAUUUUUAUUGGCUUUACAAGCUUUUUGACUCUUGGCAUCAUAUAUCAAUGCGACUUGGGAACACACAUUCCUGAUAUCAAAAUAUUUCGUGAGAUUGUUGUCCCAGGGUUUGAUCGCUCUGAGUUUCGUGUCAAUCAGGUUUUUGCGCCUAGCAAAGAUGGCACCAAGAUCCCAAUGUUCAUUGUUGCAAAAAAGGAUAUUAUAUUGGAUGGUUCACACCCUUGUCUGUUAUAUGGAUAUGGAGGUUUUAACAUUAGUCUUACGCCAUAUUUCAGUGUGAGCCGUAUUGUACUAGCAAAACAUUUAGGUUCUGUUUUCUGCAUAGCAAAUAUUCGAGGUGGUGGAGAAUACGGAGAGGAAUGGCAUAAAGCAGGAUCCCUUGCAAAUAAGCAAAAUUGCUUUGAUGACUUCAUAUCUGCAGCUGAAUACCUUGUAUCUGCCGGUUAUACACAACCCAAAAAGUUAUGUAUUGAAGGUGGAAGCAAUGGUGGACUUCUUGUUGGCGCUUGCAUAAAUCAGAGACCUGAUCUUUUUGGUUGUGCACUGGCUCAUGUUGGUGUUAUGGAUAUGUUACGCUUCCACAAAUUCACUAUAGGUCAUGCUUGGACCUCAGAAUUUGGCUGUUCUGACAAGGAGGAAGAAUUUCAUUGGCUGAUCAAGUACUCACCAUUGCAUAAUGUCCGAAGAGCAUGGGAAGAGCAUCCGGAUAAGUCAAUUCAGUAUCCAUCAACAAUGCUAUUGACGGCUGAUCACGAUGAUCGUGUUGUGCCAUUGCAUUCAUUGAAGCUAUUGGCGACCAUGCAGUAUGUCCUUGUUAAUAGCUUGGAUAAAAGUCCUCAGACAAACCCAAUAAUUGCUCGAAUUGAAUGCAAGGCUGGACAUGGAGCUGGGCGUCCAACACAGAAAACGAUUGAUGAAGCAGCCGACAGGUACGGUUUUAUGGCUAAGAUGUUAGAGGCUCAUUGGAUUGAGUAGAGAGCAUAAUGAGGUGCUAUUUCAUUUCUUCCUUUUCCACCCAUCACAGUUGUUAACAAAAGUCACCACUCUUCAAUAACAUUACAUAGGUUUAUAACAUAUGAAAUCGUACAUGCUCCCUUGUAUUAUUGGAAUGGAACAAGCUUCCUUCCCUGGAAUAUUCAAUAAUGCACUUUAACAAUAUUUUCAUUUUAUCUCUGUUGAAUGUAAUAAGCUCUUCCAAAUUAAUUUUACAAGUGUGAGUACCCGUGCCAUGUACAGAAAAGUUAUGUGUAGCUAGUAAUAUUUUCUUCCAUUCAAAAAAUAUACAAAGUUAUAGUCAUACAACAAUUGUUUCGGACCA